ACUUGUAAGAAAACUUGUUACCUACAUUUCCGUUUUCUGUUGACUUCGCCUCAUUUAGGCUAUUCUGAGACGACAAUGAAGAUUUUCUUCUUCGCUUGACGGACUUUAACUUUUUUUACGUUCAGCGGGUGAAGCCCGGGGGACUGAAACAGAAUUUCCAACAUCUGUCGGACAUCAAGGGGGAUAGUAUCAGCCCUCUGUCCACAAUGUCUUCCAGAGGUAAAAAUGACUUGUGUCGAAUAUGUGGCGGAGGUCUCCAGGGAAACCAAAGGCGGUGGCUGUUUGGGGGCCAAAAUAAGAAGACUGGUCAGCCUCAGACCCCGAGAGGAGGAAGCCUGUCCCGGUCCUCGCAGAGCAGCCCCUGGGGCAGCACAUUAUCGCUUGGUUCUUCAGGGUCUCUCUCCAAGUCCCAGUUAUCCCUGAACUCCCCAUCCAAAGGAAUGGAUCUGCUCUCGGUGUUGACUCACAUACUGGGGCAGUCUGUACCACGGGGCGAUGGGCAGGGGGAGUUUGUGUGUGGCAAAUGCAUGUGCAUCCUUGAGCGGGUAUUCAAGUUCGACUCGGUGAUAGCCAGGGUGAGGGUGCUUUCGUCCGAGAGGCUUCAGAAGCUGACGCAGGAGAGGGACAAGAUCAGACAGUGGGUGCGCCAAAACUACCACCAGAGACACCCACGGGACUUCCAGAGCAGGGGCAGCACCAGCGAGGAGGAUGGAGAGGCGGAGAAGGAGGGCUACAAGGAGAUGCUCAAAGAGAAUAUGGCACUCUCAGAGUACGAGUGCUGGUCCGAGAAGUGGGACACUUGUCCAUAUUUUAUAAGAACGGGUAAAAGAUGCAGGAAGGGCAAAGGAUGUGAAGGCUGUGAUUCCUUACGAGUGUCCGACUCGGAUUAUGAGUCUGUGUGUGGGGUUCCUCGCCGCUUGCCUUUCCAACCCUUCUCCCCAUUGGCACUGUCCCGGGACAAAUCCCAGAGCAUGCCCCUCCACUGGCAGAGGGUGGCAUCCUUCAGCUCCAGCCUGUCUUCACUGGCGGCGACCAGUGUCUCCUUACAAGCGUCUUCCCGCACUGCGUCCAUUCAGUCUCUGGACUCUCUUGAUGACAACGACCCGUUUGACUCACCAGGUGUUCAGUCAGCCAACUUUGUGCUGAAGGAGCUGAGAGGUAUUGAAGUGAAGCCGGUCAGUUCGCCAUCAGGGAGUAGGAUCCCAGUUUUGGGCAGGAAGGACGGGAGGUACUCAGGAAAAGUUGGAGAGAUGGCGUCACCCUCAGUGAACAGGGUGCUGAACUUUGGUGAUGUGGAGAACGGAGGCGAUGAAAUGGAUGAAGAGGACGGAGAUGUGCUAACAGAGCUGAGGGACGAGUUCAUGCCUCUUCUUCGAGCGAGCGCUACUGGCAGGGUUCACCACGCCGUCAGGCACCUGCGAGGCCAGCUGGACCAAGCUGUGUCCCGCAUCAGGACCCUGGAGGCCGAGCUGAAACAUGGGAAGAGCAAACCAACAGAAGUCAACGGAUCAGAAGACUGGGCCCCUUUGGUCCAGGAGGAGGGUGGCAGUUCCCUGCUGCAGAGCCUCGGUCACUCCCUGCACAGCCGGGAGCGUCUGAUCCAGGAGUGUAUGGGUCUGAUUAGGAGACUAUGUGUGGAGGAGGGAGCGGGGACUGAGCUGGCCAACAAGCUGACUGAGAAACUGACAGAGAAUCUGAAGGAAAUGCUCUCUAACAACAAGGCUGCCCUGCAGAAUUUGAGGUCCAAAAUGACUGAGAAAGAGGAGGACAUGGAGAACGAGAUCGAGGCUCUGAGGAAGGCUGGAAGAGACAGAGAGAGAGACCUCGACACACUCAACACUGUGCUGCAGUGCAACCAAGAUAUUAUCAACGACCUGCGAGUGGCUCUGGGGGAGAAGGAGCGACUGCUGAACGAGGUGGAGAAAGAGAGGGAGUUGUGGAGACAGAGGGACCGGGCCCUCACAACUGUCCUGCAGGAGAAGGAGGCUCUAAUCCACUACCUCAAAGAGGAGCUGGAGAGCCGUCAGAAAGAUGCACAGGCUCUCUCUGACUCUGUGAUUGGUCAGGGGUUGGCAGGGGGCAGGGCUGAGCUGGCAGCCCUGUUGAAGGACAGAGAGGGAAACAGCGCCACCUUGUGCAAGGAGGUCACCAAACUCACCAUAGCCCUGCAGGAAUACCAGGACCUGGUGCAGAAUCAGCAGGAGAGUCACAGUCAGACGGUGUCUGCUCUGACAGCUCAACUCAGAGACACUCAGCGGGAGCUGAGGGAGAAAGAGAAGGAGAAGAAGGAGGCCGAUAGAGCCUGGAAGAACAACAGAGAGGACAGAGAGAGAGAGGAGAGGAAACUCCGAGACAGCCUGGAGAAGAGAGACAAACUCAUAGAGCAAAUCCUGUUGGAUGCUGAGGAGCGGGACCAUCUGUUCACAGAGCUGCAGCAGAACCUGCAGAACAAACGUGAACCUCUGACCGCCAUCAAACACACACUGUGAUAGAGGACAACUGGGCUGACAUACUGUACUGACAAGAUGCAAACUAACUGCACGGAGACGGAAGAUUACUUUUGCACUUUCUGCACCACCUUUUUGCCUCUUCAGCAUAUUUAUUGUGGUGUACAUCAAGUCUAUUUAUAUUUAUCACUCUGUAUGUUUGAGGUUUGCAUUUGCAGACAAAGGAAAGUUUAAUUUUCCACAAUUACUACUAAACUCUCUGGAGUGAAUCAGUCAUUUCAGACUUCGCGAGUCAGAAAGAUAUUGUUUUCAGUAUGGAGCGAUGUCAGGUCUUAUAUCUGUUUAAUACUUGAUUUAUAAAUCACCAUUUUACUGUAGUUAAUGUUUUGAAUGUAAUGGGUCUAAUGGUUAGGCUGUGAUUAGAUUUCAUUUCAUACUGUGGGAUUGUUGCUGAUACAAACAUUUCUGAAUGGUAUAGUUAGUGGAUCUAACAUUUGUGUGCGAUUUGGGUACGAUAAUGCUUUAAAUCUGAAUUUGUUGUCUUUAUUCUAUGAAGGUCCUUGCAGUUGUCUUUAUUGUGUUUGUCUUUUAACUUUCUCAGUACAGAUCUGCUAAGGUUUUGAUUACAGUGCUAAUUUAGCACUCGAGGAGGGGAAUACCAAGGACCAAAAUAAUAUUUUUAACUGCAUUCAUUUUCUGGUUUUAUACACUUUUUUUUUUUAUUUUACUUUGGAACAAUUUUCAAUUAUCUUCAGUGUUUACAUGUCUUGUAUUGUUAGUCUGGGACUGGAGACAUUUUCUUUCUUUCUUUUAGCUCAAGAGAAUUAAACACUCUGAUCCAAAUUAA